AUGCUUGUCGUGCCCGCAAAGUAUGCUGUCUCACCCUUCAAUGGCUCCUACCGCCCAUGUCACUCGGCACCACCCAUUGGACAUCAUUGCCUUCACGCGGUCGUCCGCCUUCUCGAGGACCUGGAGCUGCAGUUCUCCCUCCUACCAGCAUCGUCCACCGCCACACCCGGGGGCCCGCCGGCUGUCACACAGCUCAAAACGGUAGCAUCGUCGUCCAUCUUGACAUCCGCCAGCCAUGCCAAUUCCGCGCAGACGACCGACCACCUGGUCGAGUGCGAGUCGUUGUUGACGGCUCAAUCAAUAUUCGCCCACGACUUCCUCCGCAAAACCGUCGGCGACGGCUCCUCCGUGCUGAAGAUGCGGGAGACGCUGAAGCAGCAGCCUGCGUCGCACGAACUGACGUAUCUGCAAGCGAAACCCAUGGCCAGGCCGGCUUUCGGCGACUGCGAGAUGCCCCUCCACCCUGGGCCUGGAAUGGGUGACGACGUUCCUCCACCCGGACCACUUCAUGGACCUGGUCCUCAAGUCUACUUUGCGCCUACAGAGUUCAACGAGGCCGAGUUCAUCAUCGUCAAUGCCGGCAUGGAGAGCCUCUACGCCGAUAAAAUGCAGUCCAAGACCGUGAUAGAGCAGCUAAGGGAGAAGUGUUCCAAGAUGGGUACCCUCUACCGCGGUGACCUCCAGACCGCCCUCGCUAAUCUACCUCUGCACCUGCCAACCACGAUGGACAAGCACCUCACGGCGCUCGGGUUCCCGCCAGCUUCCGGACAGCAGCAGUAG